GGCUUCACUGCGGUAUCAUGGCGGCGCCCAUUGAGACAGACUCCGCUCCGUUGCGACCACAGUUCGGGAGUCGGUAUCUGACUGACCCGGCCCGAGUCUUCCAGCACAACGCCUGGGAUAAUGUGGAGUGGACUGAAGAACAGGAGGCAACUGCCAGGAAGAAAGUUGAAGAAAACUGUACUGAAACUCUGUCUUCAGAAAAAGGAGCGGAAUAUGAGAACAGAGCUAACGACUACUGGAAUGACUUCUACAAAAUCCAUGAGAACAGAUUUUUCAAAGACCGUCACUGGCUCUUUACAGAAUUUCCGGAGCUGGUGCCCAACUCAAUAUUUUUCCAGUUGGAUCAGGUCAAAGCCAGCUCGUCAUCAGGACAUCAGAGCAACUCCAGAAACUGCUGUGACAGCAACUUUGAGAAUGCUCAAUGUUGCCCCCAGCAAUGUUCAGACGAGUCAGUAACAUGCGUGCAGGAGCAGGAUAAUCUUCAAGUCAAUACUCUCAAUUUAAAAGACGAUGAAAGAAAAGACAGGCUUGUGGAUGUGACUUCAGGGAAUACAACGCAGACUCAGACAAAACUGAAUCAGAAGCAAUUACUCAAUACCAACUGCACAGGAGCUUCAGCAACAUUCCACAUACUAGAGGUUGGAUGUGGAGUUGGAAAUACUGUGUUCCCCAUUCUACAAACUAAUAAUGAUCCACGGUUGUUUGUGUACUGCUGUGACUUUUCCUCGACUGCUGUGGAACUUGUCAAGUUGAACUCUGGUUAUGAUAUCUCUCGUUGCCUAGCAUUUGUCCAAGAUCUGUGUGAUACUCAGGCCAGCUUCCCAAUGCCAGACCAAAGCCUGGACAUCAUCAUCCUUAUAUUUGUACUCUCAGCAAUUCAUCCAGAUAAAAUGCAGGCUGUCAUUAAGAGGCUGGGUCAACUUCUAAAACCAGGGGGAAUGAUUCUCUUCAGGGACUACGGGCGCUAUGACAUGGCACAGCUUCGAUUUAAGAAAGGUCGUUGCCUAUCUGAAAAUUUCUACGUUCGAGGAGAUGGAACAAGAGUUUAUUUUUUCACACAAGGAGAACUGGAUGAGCUGUUCACAUCUGCUGGCCUGAAGAAAGUCCAGAACCUGGUGGAUCGACGACUUCAGGUUAACCGAGGGAAACAGCUGACCAUGUAUCGGGUCUGGAUCCAGUGCAAGUAUCGUAAACCCCUCCCUGGAGGAGAAGAAGAGUCCCAGCCCCGAUGACCAGGAUAACGGGACUGUAUUGGGGUCUUUGCCAAUCACUUUGGUUGAUCCAGUUAAAGGAGGGGAAGUGAACCACCUUCUUCAAAGCACUGCCGUGCCAUCAGUUCAUAUUCAGUACUCCGCAGGUUGCAGUAAUCAUUUUCACAUUUGGGUAUUGCUUCUCAAAGGUUAACUCACCGAUUGGUGUGAUCAUAGGUUCUACAGAUUCCAUCUCCCUUCUCUCAGUAAUUUACACUUUGUUCACUUUGAUCUCUCUAUUCUCCCCGUGAUGUGUGAAUCAGGAGCAGGCAUUCAGCUGGUCGGGCCUGCUCUGCCAUUCAGUAAGGUCAUAACUGAUCUGUGCCUCAAUCCCAAUUGCCAACCUUUGCUUCAUUAACCCUUGAUACUCUAAGCCAACAAAAACCCAUCGAAAUAUUUUGAAGGUUUUAAUUAUCCCAGCAUCCAGGAAGUUCUGGAGAAGAGAGAUCCAGAUUUUUCCAACCCUCUGAAUGAAGAAAUAUUUUUGGAUUUCGCUCCUAAAUUGCUUAACUAAUUUUAAAGUUGUUCCCACUUGUCCUCCAAUACACCCAGCCAGUAGUGUGGAAAAGAUUAUCUCUAUCGGGCCUUGUAUGUCUAGGAAGGAACUGCAGAUGCUGGUUUAAACCGAAGAUAGACACAAACUGCUGGAGUAACUCAGCGGGACGGGCAGCAUCUCUGGACAAAAGGAAUGGGUGACGU